AUCAUUUCAUCAGCGCUAAGUGGCAGCAGCAAAACACACAUUUGCAAAGUGUGGUCAAAAUGUCGAUGCUUUAUUGCGUCGCUGACAUGUUCAUGUCCGUCUCCAGGUGGCGCACUCGUGGAAGUCGGGGAAGCCAUGAAGAGAAUGGCGGAAGUCAAAGACUCGCUAGACAUUGACGUCAAACAGAACUUCAUCGACCCGUUGCAAGGCCUCUGCGACAAGGACCUCCGAGAAAUUCAGCACCACCUCAAGAAGCUGGAAGGUCGCCGCCUGGAUUACGACUACAAAAAAAAGCGGCAGGGCAAAAUUCCCGAUGAGGACAUCCGACAGGCCCUGGAGAAGUUUCACGAGUCGAAGGAAGUCGCGGAGACCAGCAUGUAUAACCUGCUGGAGACCGACAUCGAGCAGGUGAGCCAGCUCUCGUCUCUGGUGGAAUCCCAGCUGCAGUAUCACCGGCAAGCAGUCCAGGUCCUGGAGGAGCUGUCUGACAAACUCGGAGAAAGGUGUGGUAACAUACCGCCUUGUGUAUACAACUCGCACACACGUGCGCAUACACUGAGCUUCAGGAAAACAUGAUGGCUGCACUUAGUAUUGAUCUAGCAG